CAACAAGCUAGAAACAUGGUUCGACGGGAAACAGUUUUGAUUUUGCUGAUUACAUUUCUCCAGUGUUCAACACAAGCAGCAGUCAAUGACGCAAAAGAAGAAAAAAAGACAAAGCCCGUAAAUGUGAAUACUGAAAAAAGUACAGAAGCAGUGGUCGAUGACACAAAAGAAGGAACUAAGGAAGAAUUCGAAAAUGUGAAUAACUUGGAAAUAACGAAAAAAGUAAAAAAAGCUGACGUGAACAAUGUUUUACACUAUAAUCCAUAUCCAAGCGAAGGAGUGAAUGGCAGUGAAUUUUCCCGAUGGGGCAACAGUGUUGUAUUCACUCGAUGGGGUCAUUAUGAAUGUCCAGAGAGUACAGUUAUGGUAUAUUCCGGAACUAUGGCUGGUAAAUAUUAUAACAAUUAUGGAAGUGGUGGUAAUUACCUCUGUCUACCAAAGAUUCCAAAGUAUGACCUCGAAGUCAUUGAUGCUGGUUCUGAAUCUGAUAGAGGGCGCUUGUAUCCAGUCGAGUAUCGAUCCAGUUCCGGUCCCCUAUCCAGUAGCCUGCAUGACGAUGUACCGUGUGCAGUGUGUUUGGAUGAAUACCGAAGUACUUCAAUUCUAUAUCCGGCACGUGAUGACUGUCCUUCCGGUUGGACAAGAGAGUAUUAUGGGUUCCUUAUGUCCGCUAGAUAUGAUAGUGCUUACUAUUAUUCUACGGAGUACGUAUGUGUGGAUGCUGCCGGUAAAGCUAUACCCAAUACGUCAGCUGCCUCGAAUACAGCAUUCAUAUAUACCGUGGAAGCCACGUGUGUGACUGGAGGUGGAAUAAAAUGCGACCCGUACGUCACUGGUUACGAGUUGUCAUGCGCAGUCUGUGCCAAAUAAAAUAAUCUACUAGAUUUUAUUAUAAUUUUUUAUUCUAGAGCUUAUUAACGCAAUGUAUAUCGUUAUUAUUUUUGUUUGUUAUAUUUCUACUAGUCUUUAUAAGUACCAGAUGAAAUGCCAGGUGAAAAAAAUAUUUUAAAAUGACUUUGUUUGGUAAUAAGUGUUUUUACCUUGUGUGAAAUUUUUAUGUUCCCUUCGUGAAAUAUCUCAAAUCUUCGAAUGCAUUUUAUAAUAAGUAUUAAAAUAAAUGUGUUGAGCAAAAUUAA